CAGCUCUGCUGCCCAUCUCGUGUUUGAUGUGACGGAGGAAGGAACGUACGAGGCGAAAGAUGGGAUUCAUUCUGAGCUCACCCUGACUUCUCAUCACUAAACUGUGUAUCAUCGUCACUAACAUCCAGGAUGAUGGAGAGCGAGACAUCUACAGUGGGGACAGGACGGCUGUCCAGGUUGUCACAUAUGAUGCGCCUUGGAAGGAGCAGUGUCGGCCCUUCAGAGUCUGGCCUCAGCAGCCGGAACACAGAGGAGAACAUGAGGAGCGGGAGCAGUGAUGGUCGGGGGCCGCUGGCUGCACAGAACAUGAACAACUCUAACAACAAUGACGGCAAAAAAGAUGACAAGAAGGAUGAUAAGAAGGACGAGAAGAAGGAUGACAAGAAGGACGACAAGAAAGACGAGAAAAAGGACGACAAGAAGGACGAGAAAAAGGACGUGAAGAAGGAUGACAAGAAAGAUGACAAGAAGGACGAUAAAAAAGAUGCGAAAAAAGAAGAACCAAAAGAGGUGUGGAUCAUGGACCCCAACACGGACACGUACUAUUACUGGCUGUGCACAAUAGCCAUCCCAGUAUUCUACAACCUGAUGUUGCUGCCGGCCAGGGCUUGUUUCAACGAACUGCAGUCUACAAACACAACACUGUGGAUGGUUUUGGACUACCUUUCCGAUUUCUUCUACUAUCUUGAUACCUUUGUGAGAGCGAGGACAGGUUUCCUGGAGCAAGGGCUGCUUGUGAAGGAUGAAAAGGUGCUGAAAGAAAAGUACAUGAAGACGCGGCAGUUUAAAUUAGACGUCCUGUCGAUACUUCCAACCGAUAUCAUAUUCUUCCACAUUGGAAUCAACAACCCAGAGUGGAGGUUCAACCGUCUCUUUAGGUUAGGCCGGCUCUUUGAGUUCUUUGACCGGACUGAAACGCGAACCAAUUUCCCCAACAUCUUCCGAAUUGGUAAUCUUGUACUUUACAUCAUCAUCAUCAUCCACUGGAACGCCUGCCUCUACUUUGCCAUCUCCAAAGUGCUCGGCUUUGGCUCAGACACGUGGGUUUAUCCAGCCGGGAAGAAUCCAGAAUAUGACCGCCUGGCCAGGCAGUACAUCUACUGCUUUUACUGGUCCACCCUCACCCUGACCACCAUUGGUGAGACACCACCCCCGGUCCGGGACAUUGAGUACUUUUUUGUGGUCGCCGACUUCCUCACUGGGGUUCUGAUCUUUGCUACGAUUGUUGGCAACGUCGGUGCCAUGAUUUCCAACAUGAAUGCCGGACGUGUAGAGUUCCAGGCCAAGAUUGACUCCAUCAAGCAAUACAUGCAAUUUCGAAAGGUCACCAAAGACCUGGAGGCAAGGGUUGUGAAGUGGUUCGACUACCUGUGGACAGAGGAGAAAACCUGCGAUGAGAAGCUGGUGCUGAAGAACCUACCAGACAAACUGAAGGCGGAGAUAGCCAUCAACGUGCAUUUAGAGACCCUAAGAAAAGUGCGCAUCUUUCAAGACUGUGAAGCAGGUUUGCUUAUCGAGUUGGUCCUAAAGCUUCAGCCUCAAGUUUUCAGCCCUGGCGACUACAUCUGUAAGAAGGGAGACAUCGGCAGGGAAAUGUAUAUCAUUAAAGAAGGAAAGCUGGCUGUCGUAGCAGAUGACGGAGUUACCCAGUUCGUGGUCCUCAGCGAUGGGGCGUACUUUGGAGAAAUCAGCAUCCUCGGUAUCAAGGGCAGCAAGGCGGGAAACCGAAGAACAGCCAACAUCCGAAGUGUGGGCUAUUCUGAUCUUUUUGCCCUGUCCAAAGACGAUCUGAUGGAGGCGCUCUUUGAGUACCCUGAUGCGAAAGUUGCGCUGGAGGAGAAGGGUAGGGCCAUCCUGAUGAAAGAUAACCUCAUAGACGAGUCGCUGGUCGCUGCAGUUGACGCCAAAGACUUGGAGGAUAAGGUCAACCAGGUUGAGGCCAGUUUGGAUAUCAUGUCAGCCAAAUUUCGAAAGAUGGCAGCCCAGUAUGAAUCAUCUCAGCGUAAACUCAAGCAGCGGCUUACUAACAUGUCGAAUGAGGUCCGAACCCUCAAGUUCGACAAUGAAUAGAGCCUUGCUUGUUACUACUAAUGCCAGGCUUGGGGACUUCACUUCAGAACAUCUGUUCUGAGAUCAUCCAACGAUACUGUAGGACUCAUCGUACACACAAAACGGCUUAUGACUGACUGAUGGACAGUGGCUGUCUCCAUUUACCAUACCCACAUACUUCUAUCUGAUAAAAUACCGUAGUAACUUUGCCUUGAAAGUUGACUAUUCUCCUGAAAACAGACAUGAAUAGGGCUGGAUACCUCUGAUCAAGCUGAUCGCUUUUACAAUUCAUCUUGUAAUAAUACAACAGCUGCUUUUUGUGUGAUGCCAAUUGAUGUGUCCACACUCUUUAUAUGUCCGAAAGAAUCAUCAAAAUGACCUUUAAUAUCACUACCAAUUUCCCUAGAUCUUCUGAAAAUGUAAAAUACAGUCUUCCCCUCACACUAGCCCAACCACAGAAAAAUGUGCAUGUACGUGAUAAAAUGUGUUACACUUUUUCAUUUUCAUUUCUGAUAUUUGUAGCGUGAUUUUUCAAACAACACUAUAACCGGAAAGUGUGGUUCCCAGGUUUGUUUUUCCAAGACCUGUUCGAAAUAGACAGAUGUGAAGAGACUGCAGCUCUAAAAUGCUUCUGCUGAUAAUAGAAAAUGUUCUGUUGGAUGUUUCUUUUUCAACUGUUCAUAUUAAAAGUUGCAUGAGUUUCGUUUAACCAUCUAUUCAUUCUUUUUCUGUUUCCAUCGAUAAAGCAGACAGAUUUAGGAAGUAAACUUACAUAUAUUUCAUUCUA